AAAAGAUACAGAAAACACAACACAAUACAGCAUCAAAAGCAAAAGUGAAAAAGAUCACAUUCCCAAAAGCAACCAAAAAGCAAAAUCACACUUUGUUGAUACCAAACCAAACAACAUGUAUAUACACUCAAGAUCCUAUUUUUAUACUCUCAAACUCAUGCAUUAUUUCUCCUUUGCAUUCCCAAAUGUUUCUUGGCUUUCCACAAAAUGGCAGAAAUUGUACUUGCAGAACCCAUUCAAGAAAGUACUUCUUCUACUGCUGCUAGUACCAGCAGAAGAGGUUAUACUACAAGCAAUGAAAGACCCUUCACUAGAUCAAUCACUUUCGGGCGAGAUCAUGUGCCUGAGCCCUUUGACAGUGAGAAAUUGCCAGUGACUUUGAUUUCAGAAAUUCAAAGAUUUCUUCGAGUAGCUAAUCUUAUUGAGUCAGAGGAGCCUCGUGUGGCUUAUCUUUGUCGUUUUCAUGCUUUUGAAGUAGCGCAUAACUUGGACAGGAAUUCGAAUGGUCGAGGAGUACGGCAGUUUAAAACUGCUCUUCUUCAACGGCUUGAACAGGAUGAAGAAGUUACUCUCAGGAAAAGGAAGGAAAAGACUGAUUUACGUGAACUUAGACGUGCUUAUCGUGAGUAUAAAGACUACAUCAUCAAAUAUGGUGCAGAGAGUCAUCUAGAAAAUAGAGAAAGGCUGACUAAAGCACGUGCCAUUGCUUCAGUGUUGUUUGAAGUAUCGGAUACAGUUUCCAGAGCAGCAGGUGUUCAGGCUCUAGCUGGGAGUGAGAGUCGUGAUGCCAAAUCUGAACUCUUUGUGUCGUAUAACAUUCUUCCUCUUGAUCAAGGAGGAAUUCAUCAUGCAAUCAUGCAACUCCCUGAGAUUAAAGUUGCGGUUGCAGCAGUUCGUGAUGUUCGUGGUUUGCCUUUCCUGGAAGAUUGUCGAAAACACACAACCAACCUGGAUUUGUUCAAUUGGCUCCAGUUUUGCUUUGGAUUUCAAGAAGGAAAUGUAGCCAAUCAGAGAGAGCAUUUAAUUUUAUUACUUGCUAAUGCGCAUGUUCGGCAGACUCAGAAGCAAGUAUUAGUACCCAAGCUAGGGGAUGUUGCCGUUGAUGAGCUGAUGAAGAAGUUUUUUAAAAAUUAUACAGAUUGGUGCAAAUUCUUGGGACGAAAAAGCAAUAUUAGGGUUCCAUAUUUGAAACAGGAGGCUCAGCAAUACAAACUUCUGUAUAUAGGUCUUUAUCUUCUGAUAUGGGGAGAGGCUGCUAAUUUAAGAUUUAUGCCAGAAUGCCUGUGUUACAUAUUUCACCAUAUGGCAUAUGAGUUGCACAGCAUGCUAAUUGGUGCUGUAAGCAUGACAACUGAAGAAAAACUCAUGCCAGCUUACCAGGGAAAUUCAGAAUCUUUUCUGAACAACGUAGUGUCUCCAGUGUAUGAUGUCAUAUAUAAGGAAGCAAUGAAAAGCAGAAAUGGAACAGCUGAUCACUCGACAUGGAGGAACUAUGAUGAUCUGAAUGAGUUCUUUUGGUCUCCAGAUUGUUUUCAAAUAGGUUGGCCCAUGCGCCUGGACCAUGAUUUCUUUUGUAUAGGAUCUCCAAGUAAUCUCAAAGUUCGAAAAGAAAAGGCCUCUGUUGCCAACCAAGAAGGCAACAAAAAGGAUGCUAAUGAAGAUGAAGAAAUGGGGAUCCUAGUGGAUGAGGUGCGGGAACCAAAGUGGCUGGGGAAGAUGAGUUUUGUAGAAAUCCGCUCAUUUUGGCAGAUUUUCAGAAGCUUUGACAGAAUGUGGAGCUUUUUUAUCCUAUCACUUCAGGCAAUGAUAAUUAUGGCAUCUCACGAUUUGGAUUCUCCUCUACAAGUCUUUGAUGCAACAGUACUCGAGGAUGUUAUGAGUAUCUUUAUCACAUCAGCGGUUAUUAAACUUGUAAAUGCUAUUCUUGAUAUCAUCUUUACAUGGAAAGCUCGAUGUACAGUGGACCCCAAUCAAACUCUGAAACAUGUGCUGAGGGUGGUUGUUGCUAUGAUGUGGACCAUCAUUCUUCCCAUAUAUUAUGCUAGUUCUCGUAGAAAAUAUACUUGUUAUUCAACUCAAAGUGGGAGUUGGCUUGGAGAGUGGUGCUAUUCUUCCUAUAUGGUUGCAGUUGCAUUCUACUUGAUGACCAAUGCAAUUGACAUGGUUCUAUUUUUUGUGCCUGUGGUUGGAAAGUAUAUCGAGACCUCCAAUUACCGGAUAUGCAUGUUCUUAUCCUGGUGGACUCAGCCUAAGCUAUAUGUUGGCCGAGGAAUGCAAGAAAGCCAAGUCUCCCUUCUAAAGUAUACCAUUUUUUGGAUGCUCUUGUUAAUAAGCAAAUUCAUAUUUAGCUACGCGUUUGAGAUAAAACCACUUAUAUCACCUACAAGACAGAUCAUGGCAAUCGGGGUGAAAAAUUAUGACUGGCACGAGCUUUUCCCUAAAGUCAAGAGCAAUGCUGGAGCAAUAGCUGCUAUAUGGGCUCCAAUUGUACUUGUAAGGUAUAUUUCAUGGAUGCACAAAUCUGGUAUUCUGUUUACUGUUCCAUCUUUGGCGGAGUGUAUGGAAUCCUCCACCAUCUUGAUUCGGACGCUAGGAAUGCUGAGAAGUAGAUUUCACACGUUACCUGAUGCUUUCAAUGCUCGUCUUGUCCCACCCCAAGCAAAAGAUACUGGAAACAUUCUAAAGAAUUGGCUCAUCCCUCUGACGUUCCAAAAGAACUUUCACUUUUCAGAAAGGGAAAAGAACAAUGUUGUAAAGUUUGUUCUUGUAUGGAACCAAAUCAUCAAUAGCUUCCGGGAGGAGGACGUGAUAAGUGACAGGGAGAUGGAUUUGAUGAAAAUGCCUGUAUUUUCAGAAUUAUUCUCUGGUCGAGUUUGUUGGCCUGUUUUUCUUUUAGCAGAUAAGCUUUCGAAAGCACUAAGUAUUGCACGAGACUUUGAGGGAAAGGAUGAAGUGCUUUUAAGAACAAUAAAGAAGGACACGUACAUGUACAUGGUUGUGACAGAGUGUUAUGAAUCACUGAAAUACAUCCUCGAAAUUCUUGUUGUUGGUGACCUUGAGAGAAGGGUCAUUUCUGGUAUAUUAGAUGAGAUUGAGGAAUGUAUUCAAAGAUCAACACUUCUCAAGGACUUGAAGAUGAGUGAAUUACCGGUUCUAAGUGCUAAGUGUAUUACAUUGCUUGAGCUUCUGAUUGAGGGAAAUGAAAGCCACCAUAACAAAGUCGUAUUGGCACUUCAAGAUAUCUUUGAGCUCGUAAUAAGUGAUUUGAUGUUAAAUGAAUCAAGAACAAUGGAGUUACUUUAUGCUCACCUGCAAAGUGGGGAAGAGGUCGCUGAACUUUUCAGUUGGAUUGAACCACCACUGUUUGCAUCUAAGCAUUCAAUCCAUUUUCCAUUGCCAGAUAGUGGUUCUUUAAUGGAAAAGGUCAAGCGGUUCCGUUUACUGCUUACUGUAGAAGAUAAAGCACUGGGUAUACCUACCAACUUGGAGGCUCGCAGGCGGAUUUCCUUUUUCGCCACUUCUCUGUUUAUGAACAUGCCUAAUGCCCCAAAGGUGCGGAACAUGUUAUCAUUCAGUGUUUUAACUCCACACUACAUGGAGGAAGUUAAAUUUUCAAAGAAGGAGCUCAAUUCAACAAAACAAGGGGUCGCUAUCCUUUUCUAUUUGAAAAACAUAUUUCCAGAUGAAUGGGAAAACUUUUUGGAGCGCAUGGAAAGGGAAAGAUCAGAUGAAUCUAAUGAUGAACUCGAGGAAGAAGAACGAAAUUGGGCUUCUUUCCGAGGGCAAACUCUAAGCAGAACAGUCCGAGGAAUGAUGUAUUACAGGAAAGCGCUGAAGUUGCAAGCUUUUCUUGACAUGGCUGAGGAUGAUGAUAUCCUCCAAGGUUAUGAUGCAAUUGAGAAGAAAAAUGAUACAUUAUCAGCUCAACUUGAAGCCUUAGCAGACAUGAAAUUUACACAUGUUGUGUCUUGUCAAAUAUAUGGAUCACAGAAGAACUCUGGCGACCCUCAGGCCAAAGACAUACUUGAUUUGAUGAUAAGGUACCCUUCCUUGCGUGUUGCUUAUGUUGAGGAGAAAGAAGAAAUUACGGCAGACAAGCCGCGAAAAGUUUAUUCAUCUAUUCUAGUUAAAGCUGUUAACGGUUUUGACCAGGAAGUAUACCGCAUAAAGCUUCCUGGCCCACCAAAUAUUGGAGAGGGGAAACCGGAAAAUCAAAAUCAUUCCAUAAUUUUCACACGUGGUGAAGCUCUCCAAACCAUUGACAUGAACCAGGAUAGCUAUUUAGAAGAAGCUUUGAAAGUACGAAAUAUCUUGCAAGAGUUCCUGAAAGACCAUGGUCGGCGGCAUCCUACGGUACUUGGCAUGAGAGAGCACAUAUUUACAGGGAGUGUUUCUUCUUUAGCUUGGUUUAUGUCCUAUCAAGAGACCAGUUUUGUUACCAUUGGCCAGAGGCUUCUGGCUAAUCCACUCAGGGUCAGGUUCCAUUAUGGUCACCCGGAUUUGUUUGACCGAGUAUUUCAUUUGACAAGAGGUGGCAUUAGCAAAGCAUCCAAAACAAUCAACUUGAGCGAAGACGUUUUUGCAGGAUUUAACACAACUCUGAGACGGGGAUAUGUCACGUAUCUUGAGUACAUGCAAGUCGGAAAAGGCCGUGAUGUAGGCCUUAACCAGAUUUCAAAGUUUGAAGCUAAAGUUGCCAAUGGAAACAGCGAACAAACAAUCAGCCGUGAUAUAUACCGCCUUGGUCAUAGAUUUGACUUCUUCCGAAUGCUCUCUUGUUAUUUUACAACCGUUGGCUUCUACUUCAACAGCCUGCUAUCAGUGAUUACGAUAUAUGUGUUUCUCUACGGGCAGCUAUACCUGGUAUUAAGUGGUCUACAAAGAGCCCUUCUCAUUGAGGCGAAAUUGCAAAACAUAAAAUCACUGGAAACAGCUCUAGCUUCUCAGUCAUUUAUCCAGCUUGGACUUUUAACGGGGUUACCAAUGGUGAUAGAGUUGGGACUUGAGCGAGGGUAUCUUAAUGCCCUUAAAGAUUUUGUUCUCAUGCAAUUGCAACUGGCUGCUGUUUUCUUUACUUUUUCCUACGGAACAAAAUCUCACUAUUAUGGCAGAACAAUUCUUCAUGGGGGUGCCAAGUAUAGACCCACUGGUCGUAAAGUAGUGGUUUUUCAUGCGAGCUUCACCGAAAACUAUAGACUUUACUCUCGGAGUCACUUUAUAAAAGGAUUUGAACUUCUGCUUCUAUUAAUUGUUUAUGAUUUGUAUAGGCGAUCAUACGAGAGCAACAUGGCAUAUGUUUUAACAACUUAUGCUAUAUGGUUCAUGUCAUUGACUUGGUUGUUUGCGCCGUUUCUGUUUAAUCCUUCUGGAUUUGACUGGGGCAAGAUAAUGGAUGACUGGAAAGAUUGGAACAAGUGGAUCAAUCAGCAAGGUGGUAUAGGGAUACAACAAGACAAAAGUUGGCAGUCUUGGUGGAAUGACGAACAAGCUCAUCUUCGUCAUGCAGGGUUAUUUUCUCGGUUAAUUGAGAUUCUCCUUUCACUAAGAUUUUUCCUUUACCAGUAUGGACUGGUGUAUCACCUAGACAUAUCCGGCUCCCAUAAAAAUUUCCUAGUCUAUGUGCUCUCAUGGGUUGUCAUUGCUUUUAUUUUCCUCUUGGUCAAGGUGCUGAAUAUUGGAAGGCGGGUUUUAAGUGCAAACCAUCAGUUAACUUUCCGGCUGUUUAAAGCUUUUAUUUUCCUAGGAGUUGUAGCUACUACUAUUACCCUCUCAAUCAUAUGUCAUCUGUCCGUGAAAGACUUGAUUGUCUGCUGUCUAGCUUUUCUACCAACUGGUUGGGGCUUCAUAUUGGUUGGGCAAGCAGUGAGACCCAAGAUUGAAGGUACUGGAUUAUGGCACUUCACUCGGGUGUUUGCUCGGGCUUAUGACUAUGGAAUGGGUGUUGUUCUUUUUGCACCUAUAUCUUCAUUGGCUUGGCUUCCAAUAAUUUCAGCUUUCCAAACUCGGUUUCUGUUUAAUGAGGCUUUCAGUAGGAGGUUGCAAAUUCAGCCAAUUCUCGCAGGAAAGAAGAAUCAUUAGUGAUCUCUCCUUGGAACAACUCGGUUUUGACUACAUAACUUGCACGUGCAUAUACUUCAUUUUUUAGUACUGUAGAAGACCAAGAUGUCUAGGUUACUUUCAGUAAAAUAGUAAAAACCAUCUUGUCAUGUGGAUAUAAUAUAUUCAAUAGGUUAGCAAUAGGUUAUAUUCUUUUAUGUAUAGAUUUACUACUUUGAUAAGGUACAGUGCAUAGACGUUUGAUGAAUACACAACUAUCAAAAUAUACUACCCUUAUGAAAAGUCAGUAUUAUUUUUUGCUACAGUACCUAAUCACAUAGGGUAACUUUGUGGCAUCAAUCGAA